GAUUGAGUGAGGAAAUUGUGAGUGGCAUUUUUGAUUUGGUUUGAUUAAAAGGUUUUUUUUCCCCCUUGUUUGUAGGUAUUGUCAAGUUAGGCUUUUGGUGUAUUGAACAGUAGUUUUCAUGCUCUACCACUUUUACUUUUCAGCUAGUUGCGUAAUUGCGUUGUCUUCUAUUCUAUGUAUCUUUUCUGAUUGUGAAGUUGCGAUAGUAGAUUAUGUGCGUUUGGUUUCUAUUAAUCGGAAAGGGAAGGAAAUAGCUACAGGUGGGAAGACCACCUUCACCACAGUGUGUGGGGAAAAUGGAGACCCCACUAUGUGCAGAGCUUGUGGCCCGGACCCUGAAUUUUCAUGGCCAGCCGUUGCAAAAAUUGUGGGAAACUGAUUUGGCCAAGUUUGACCUGAGCUUCAGCAAAGAACCCGAUUUUGAAGUUUACCAGCAGAGACAGAAGCACCUUAGUUUUCAAGAUAGAGGGAAGCGGCAGAAGCUUCUUCAGUUUAUUGUGAACAAAGCAAAUGCUUUGUUCGAUCCUGCUGUUCUUGAAUUGGAGCCCAGGGAGAGAUCAUCAGGAGAUGAAGGUUGCUAUGCUGUGGUUCCAACAUAUGAAUCAUUCGUUGAAAUAGAUAAGCAGAACAAGAAUAGGCAUAUUUUUGAGAUCGUGAAGCCUGGAGACCUCAUCAUUGGGUCCAUUCUGAACAAAUCGGUUUCAGGACUGUUGCUGAAAGUCUUGUGCAUUGAUGGAGAUUUUCCCAGAGGAGUGGCAGAUUUGGGCAUUAAGGCCUUCUGCCCGAUGGGCAACAUAAUCCCGGCGGCGGACAAGAAGAGCGUGAACCGCACGUACAUGAUGAACGACACGGUGUGCUGCGAGGUGCUGGAGGUGAUCCCCGACACGGACAAGCUGGUCUGCGGCAUGAAGGGCACGGCUCUGCCCCCGGGCUCCCCGUACGCCCCUCGCCUCGGGCUCCUGCACAGCGACGACUUUCCGCUCGCCUACAAGAAGGAACUCGAACUGAAAGGGGAUACAUACGAGCAGUGUCUAGAGAAGAGUGUAGGGUUUUUCAACCCCAACAACAUCAACUACCUGGCCAGCACUUUGGGACUGGGGGCAGUCAAUUUCUCAAACAUGCUCGGCCUCAGGGGCCGGUUCCCGGAGCCGGACUACGCCACGGAGCUGCGGCAGGUGCAGGCCAGCAAGUGGGCGUUCCGCAGCGUGGCCGAGGGCAUCGAGCACUUCAAGUCGGGCCGCCACUCGGAGGCCUUCCAGUGCCUCAACAAGGCCCUCAACAUCGACCCCCGCAACGUGGAGGGACUGGUGGCGCGCGGCGCCCUGUAUGCAAACAGUGGAAGUUUUCAGAAGGCUAUAGAAGAUUUUGAAACUGCUCUAAAGUUGAAUCCCAAUCACCAGAAUGCAAGGAAGUACAUGGGUGAAACUUUAGUUGCUCUUGGAAGGAGUUACGAAGAUGAGAACAAGUUCGAAGAAGCCCUGAACUCUUACAACAGCUGCUUGGCGCUCAUUCCGUUCCACGAGGAGGCUCAGAACUCUAUAGAGUAUUUGAAGAACAAGGUUCUGAACACUUCGAAGCUGUCGGACGUGGACAUCAUUCCCGGCCUGACGCCGUCCAAGACCUUGGAGGUGAAGGAGACGCUGAAGCAGCUGCUCAAGACGGACGAGGAGGAUGACAAGAAGGAGAAAGAUAGGUCCAAGUCCAAGAAGAAGAAGGACAGGAAGUCCAGGAAACGUCGCCGUCGCUCCAGCUCCAGCAGCUCCAGCUCCAGCUCCAGCUCUCACUCGUCCACCUCGUCGUCCUCCUCCUCCAGCGACUCGAGUUCCGCUUCCUCGCGCUCGGGGUCCAACUCCCCCUCCCCGUCUCGCUCGCGCAAGUCCAAGAAGCACAAGAAAAGUUCUCGCAAGAAGGAUGAAAAACGAGAGAAGUCUCUUUCACCCUUGAGCAAGAGAAUGGCACUUAUGGAUCCUACGCAUGAAGGUCUGGGUGGAUUGUUAGCUCAGCGAUUGGUUCAUUACAACCCACCUGCCUUGCCAUUUAGUUUUACACGUAAUGCUUCUGCAUUUUCUGUUGGUUCAGAGAUGUCUAAGAUGUACGACAAGGAUUUGGAGUACGAGCAGAGGGUCUGUCGCUUCUUGGAGCAGACAAAGGGUGAUUCGGAAUACGAAGAGAAGGUUCGUAAGUUCCUCGAGGAGACUGCGCGAUGGAAGAAGGAGAGGAAAGCUCAGGAAGAGAAAGCAAAGAAGAAAAAGAAGAAGGAAAAGAAAGCCAAAGAGAAGAGCAAGAAGAAGAAGAAGGAGCGGGAGGAGCACGAGAAGAAGAAGAAGCACAAGGCCAAGUCGCGCGUCGAGCGGUUCGACAACAAGGAGUUUGAGGAGCAGAUGGAGUCGAAGAAGUUCAGGGACGCCCUGCGCAGCCAACUGGCCUCCAAGGACGACUUCCGCAAGAGGAAGAGCAUCGAUGACGAGGAGGAGUUCCUUUACGGCUCCAGCGGCGACAAGGACAAGAUGCGUAUGUUGGGACUGGAUCAGAUAUCUGAUUUGGAUGACCUGGAGUCGAAGCUGUCAGCAUACUAUGCCAAGGUGGAGAAGGAUGCUUCCAGCAUGGUGAAGCGCAGGUUGGACGAGAAGGCAGAGAAGGACAAGCGUCGUCACUCGCCCAGCCCUGCCAAGCCUAAACAGCACACAUCACCCAAGGUCUCGUUCGUGCACAGCGAAGACACAAAGUCCGAAGAGAGUUUGAAAUCUAAAGAAAAGAAGAAAAUGGACAUGUUUGCGGACUCUCCGUCGCCACCUCAGAUCCAGCCGCCCCAAGCAAUGCGAGAAGUGAAAGGGAAGCUCACAGCAUCUGAAGCUGCUACUGUGAUGGCUGCCAAGUGGAAGAUGCAGCAGCUAGGUCCCAGCACUACAACCAGGAUUAAGAAAAAAGAAAAAAGUAUUGAUAAAGAGCCUUGGGAAGAAGUGGAAGAGAAGAGAUUUAUCAUGUACAAAGAAGAAAAAGAAUCUGAUAGUGAUGAUGAAGGGGAAAUAAGGAAAAAGAAACCUCAAGAAGAAAAAUUCUCUGGCAGGAAGAUCAUGCGGGGAGAAUCAAUGUCUGAGAAGAUCAUGGCAGAAAGCAAGAAGAAAGAUGAUGACAUUCUGGAGGACUCCAUAAACAAAGCCCAGCAGUAUGCAGACAAGUACCAGAGCGGGUUUCGCAUCACUCCACGUCCCCUAGAUAAGAAGAGCGAAGAUCUUCCGCCUCUGCCACCCGGCAUGCCUCCCAAAACAUCGUUCACCAUCGCUCCUCGCAAAACUGUAGCAAGCAUCAGCAGUGCCGUGGCUGGUCUCGGGCCUUUGGCUAAAGGACCCAAGACAGACAGCGACAGCCUUUCUUCAGAUGAGCCAACUCAGCCCCAGGCCAAGAAGAAGAGGCUCAGCAAAGGCUCUUCGAGAGACUCUUCCCGAAGCUUGUCAGUGUCGCGUGGGAGAAUCAGCCCCGCCUCCAGCAAAAGCUCUUCUCGUUCGCGUUCGUACGUCAAGAACCGCAGUCGCUCCAAAUCUGGCUCCUACGAGAACCGCAGAUCACGGUCCGGCUCGUACAGGUACGGCAGCGGCUCGCGCUCCAGGUCUUACGGUCGGUAUUCCAGGUCGCGAUCCAGGUCCAGGUCUUACCGCAGUCGCAGUCACUCUUACGACCGUUACUCUCGCAGCCGGUCUCGCUCCGUGGAGGGCCACUACAGACGGCGUAGCCGCAGUCCCUCCGACGACCGCCGCAGGCGCUACGACUACCACAUGAACAAGUACCAGAACAACCGGUAUCCUCGCAACAGGGGUACUUACUACAGGCCGCGCUUCAACAACUACAAGAGCCCGCGUGGAGGCGGUUUCCAGCACCGCGGAAGAGGGUUCCAGAAGUUCCAGCCGAACAGGAACCGAAUGUACAACAACAACAACAACAUGCGCAGCAGGGGCAGAGGUGGCAACCGGGGCAGGUACUUCCACUACAACAACAAGCCGGGCGGAGGGUACAGGGAGUACCACACGAGGAGGUACGACAACCGGGCUCGGUCCCGCGACAGCGACGAGCGCCGCAGCUACAGCCGGGAGGGCGACGACCCCAUGAAGAAGGUGGACGCUGCGAAAGAGAAGAUAAACAAGUACAUAGAGGAGGAGAACAAGAAGGAGGAGCCUCAGUCCCGAUCCCGCAAGCGGAGCGAGCCGCUGAGCGAAGGAGAGGCGGAGGACGACGAUGACCUGCCGCCCCUCCCGCCCGGGGGACCCCCGUCCCGAGACACCAGCUACAUGGAGCGCAAGUCCUUCGAGGGCAAGUGGGCGGACAAGGAGGGAGACGACAAGCGCAAGGCCUCGGAGGGACCCAGGAUGCCACCCGACGACAGCAUAGAGGAAAUGGACAAGUUUCUGAACAAAGUGAAGCGGAGAUAAGUGGCGCGCUGCUCAUUCCAUGUUCGUUGCACGGUCAUGUGCAUAUGUCUAGUGUCUAGGUUCUCAUUGCUUGUUGCGUAGUCUACACAGUGUUCUUUAAUAAAUGUGACCGUGAACACGAUUUUGUCACCGACAGUGACAGUUUAAUAAAGCACUAUGACACUUCACUCUAAUCUGUUGUAUAUUAGAAUAUUCAUGAUAUAAAUUUAUAUGGUCCGAAUUACUCAUAUCAGCAGUAGUUUGUUUUGUGUUGUUCAGUUUAUAGCAUUGAGUCGAUGUUGUACAACCAUAGUUUUGUACUGUUAUCAAUUCUUGCUGUAUUACAAAUUUAUAUUUUUUAUUUACAGUAACUUUAACAUUUAAUUUGUGAAUUUUUCGAAGUGAAGUGUUAAUUGUGCACGUUUAAUAUAGGAUGUAAUAUACCUGACUGGUUUUUGUAUUUUUGUGAAAUUGCUGUGUUGUGUGUGUGCUGACUGCUUCACUGUGAGCCAUGGAACAUUGACUGACUUUAUAAUAACUAGCAAGAAUUAGUCUAGUAAAACUGUAUCAGAUUUAAUUCUUUUAUGAGUAGAAUGUUUGUAAAUAUUUCUGAUGUUCUUGAGAGUCUGUUCUAGUUUUAAUGUGUUGCUUUGGUUCAGUCAUGUUGGUAAUUGUGUAUUUUCUGUGUAGUGAAAAAUUAUAAAUGAUAUAAAAAUUAAUAGAACUAUUAUUUCUUUUCAUAACUCAUUAAUGUAAGUACUCUCUUGGAAAAUAAACUUUUGUGUUUUAUCGUAUAAUCGUCAUAUAUUUUAUGUUAAAAUCAAGUUUGAAAAUUAGGGGUGCAAUUUUUAUGCGAGAAAAGCAUUGUUAUUUUUUUAAGAACUGUACAUAUUGCUCUCUCGAAAUCAUAAACAAAUAAAACAAACAAAAGGAAAUAAUUUGAAAGCAAAUAAUAGGCAGCAGUGGAGUAGCCAGGAUUUGUGUAUGGGGGGUGUUAAGAAGCAUGC